CCUGUCUUGAGAACCUAAGAACAGUGCUAUGAAGUCUUUUACGGCUGUUCAGAAAGUACUUCACACAGAGUGAGAGACAGAGUUGACCCCUGUAGUGCAAACGCGCCUAUGAGAUUGGCAUUAGUCGAGAGCGGAUCUACGUUGGGGAGUGGCUUUACAAGUCACGACCGCAAUCGCUACAAGGAAUUGAACACUUUUUGGAACCGAAAGAAUUUGCUCUUCUUUUAUCUUCUCAAAUCCCACAUAUAUCCUAUGAUUUCUAUGGUACUGCCUGUUCGAAAUACCCCUACAGAGCUCAAUCACCCAAAAUGCAUGACCUCUAGCAAUACCCGUACAUCGAUGGAAGCACCCUGUAACGUUUGGUCGGAGCUUUCGAUCACAUGCAUUGGGAUUCGACGAAACAUCAAUAUCAUGUCCACUACCACCAGAACGAGUACUUGAGAAUGAUGCCAUGUUCACUGAGGGCACAAGAAACGCCGCUGGUCCGACAGAGAAGACAUGGUCAUCUGGAGGUUCCCGGACCAGGAUGGAAGCUUCUCACUAAAUCAUUAUCCCACCCCU